AUGCAGAUUUUUGUCAAGACUUUAACCGGUAAGACUAUAACUUUAGAAGUCGAAUCUUCCGAUACUAUUGACAAUGUCAAGAGUAAGAUUCAAGAUAAGGAGGGGAUUCCACCUGAUCAGCAGAGAUUGAUCUUCGCAGGUAAGCAACUAGAAGAUGGAAGAACUCUAUCCGAUUACAACAUCCAGAAGGAAUCUACCUUGCAUCUGGUUUUGAGAUUGCGUGGUGGUUGUUAA